AUGUCAGAAUCCAAACGCACGGUCACAUGGUCAUGGGAUCGCCCUCCAGAUGGCCCAUUUCUAGAUAAGACGGUGUUCACUCCUCCCGAUGGCCAACGAACGCCCAACGGCCAAAUCUGGGGCCAUAGCCUCGAUGAUCUUUUUUGGUUUCCUCGCGCUCCGGGAGUGGACGUCUUGACAAUCUGGUCGCGAAGUAUGAUACGGGAAUUCGGAGAGUGCUACGAUGAUAACGAGCACAAGAGGGAGCCUCCUCCGAGAAAAAGGAAACCUUGGCCCCUUCUUAAACUUCCUAAAAGAAUGAAGGCAGAGAGUAGGAAAUACGGUUUUGGAGUCGUUGAUCCAGGAUCGGACUCCGGCGAUAGUGACGAUGAUGGGUUCAAGUGCCAAACGGUCCUUAUCGACGUUGACUCGGACAACGAGGAGAAAGCUAGGUUGCUCUCCAACAGAGUUGAAUUUAAGAAACUUCUUAAAAAGGGAUUUAACAAGGACUGGCCGCCGGGUCGAAAAGAACUUGUUCACGAGGCUUUACGCAAGGGGAAGAUUUCUAUACACGAUGGGCCAAAGCUUAUUGUUUUCAAGGACAUCAGUGAAGCAUAUUUUUUCGCCAAAUUGGACUGUCCGACAUGUUUUCACUUCGGACCGCUCCUCUGUCCCGAGUGCACUGUUAAUCCCCCUCCAGUUAUCUAUGUUGUGCGCUACAAUAUAGGAAAACCGAAGUUCAUUGAAGAUAGAAAAGGGAAAUCGACGGCAUGGUUCGCUGAUCCUAAUAUGCCAUGUAUAUUCAGCGCAGCCAUCUCAGGUUUAGGGGCCAUUGCCCCAGAUCGAAAUUACCGGGACGCGUGCGUGCAGGAUGGUUCGCUCAUAGGAGUACUUGGGACCACAAUUCUUCGUAUUCCUGGCGAGAAUGUGACAGGUUCGAAAUGUAAGACUUGCGGGAAAGACCUUCCUGACUGUGAAGGGUGUGGGGAGGACACUACUAAACCUAUCUCUACCAAGUCCGAUGGAAAUGGGAAGUCUUGGUUUGCGGAUGCGAGCGAAAAUAGGCCAAGUUUCACAUCAACUGGGAUGUCUCUUCCUUCCACAGACCCGAAAGUGGGAGGUGACGAUCCGAAAUUUGGUGCUUCUCCUCUACUGGUGGAUGCCCCUGAUCCGCUGCUCAAAGGUCUUCCAGAAUCUGUCCUAUCAGAAAACACGCUCGCAAUUGAGAAGAGCGGAGCAAUUCAAGCUGGCGUCAAAUUUGACGGGGAGCGCCUUGCUGAUCGUGCAGACAAUGUCACAGCCGCCACAGAUAAAAAGAGCGAGAAGGACAACGCAGAUUCAGCAGCCACCAGUGAGGGGCCCGGAAGUCCGUUGCCAACCAAACCCCCUAAUAUGCCACCUUGCCUGGAGGAAGAAAUUCCACUAGAAUUCUUUCCCGAUAUACUAAUUGUGAAAGAUGCGGCUGGAGGCAUCAUUCGUUACCACUCGUCGCAUCGUACGCCCGUUGCCGACGAGCACUCUUCUAUACUUGACAAGCCAGUCAAGUUCAGACGAGUUCUGCCCUCUCCCCGGACCGCAGACGAUCCUAAGCAACAAUCGUCUUCCUCGGCGCAACCCUUGCGUGUGGCAGAGCUGUGCCUCUCUUUAACUUAUAGGCUAGGAAGGGGGAACCAUUCUGAUGUCUAUCUCGUUCCACUCAGAUUACCCCGUCCACUUUCUGCUCGGACUCCCACUGGGGAAGUUUCCGUUGCUUGCAAAAUGGCGCAUGACAGGUCUUAUGAGGCACGGGAACUUCUCGAGAAUGAAGCGAGAAUAUAUGCUUCGCUCCCUAGCCACAUGUUUGAAGAAUGGAAUGGAUAUAAUCUCCUCAGUCCCUAUUUCAGGCAUCGAACCGUCCCUGUCGGCCCCGUUGUCCCGAAAUUCUAUGGUUAUUACAAGGCAGUCUACGACCCAGAGUACUAUGCUGAAGAUGAGGAGGAUCUGGAUGAAGAGUCCAAGGAAAGCCUGAAAGCAUUCAUCGAAGGAUUAAGCCCCAUUCUCUUGAUGGAACACUGUGGAGAGCAGAUCAAUCCCACAGAGAUGCCUGAAGAUGAUCGGGACGAAUGCAUGUCCCUUCUAUACCGUCUGCAUCUCGUGGGUUAUAGACACAAUUCUGCUCACAUUCGUAACAUUGUAGUUCAACCUGGACCGCUUACACUCCCGCCACACCGUCGUAGUCUGAAGGACCCUUCAUUCCGCAUGAUUGACUUUGGUCGCACGGUAGAUUUCGUCCACGAUGUCGAGCAGCGUAAGCAUUGGGGAGUUUACUAUGACCGUUGGUACAAUCCGCAACUCAACGAGCUCCGGAAUCUGGGACAUGAGAUUCGGUCCCGGUACUCGUGGUUGUAA